AUAAAUUAGGAUAAGUAUCAAACAAGUGAACCACAUCUCGGCACAUUGCGAGUUCGACACAAGCUUUGGAGCGUCGUUGUCAGGCGUAACGUCAGUACACAACACAUCAACUUGUCGUUAUCAAGGCUGGCACAGUAGUAGUUAUAAAAACGAAAGUAUGGGGGUGUCCGAUUUACAGUUUGACUGUAAGGCUGGACCUGUCAUGGAUCUCUCAGCCCGGGGAAUGCAAAAGCUGGAACCCAGUUUAGUUUGUUCUGACAAUACGCACACUCUCAUUCUGGAUCGCAACCACAUCAUGAAAUUAGACCAUUUGGAAAGAAGCCCAGGUCUCCAGCAGUUAUCUGUUGCUGGCAACCGUCUUGUUCGAAUGAUGGGUGUGUGUCGACUAACAGAGUUGAGAGUUCUUAAUCUUCCCAACAACAGCAUUGGCUACAUUGAGGGGCUAAGAGAUCUGUCAAAACUUGAGUGGCUCAACCUGUCUGGUAACAAUAUUAAGGUUAUAGAACAACUUAACAACUGUGUUUCCCUUCAACAUCUGGACUUGUCUGAUAAUAACAUUUCUAAUCUUGGUGACCUGACUAAACUUGUGGCCUUAAAGGCACUUUUACUCCAUGGAAACAGCAUUACAACUCUUCGGACUGUUCCUGCCCACCUGCCUGCCCACUUGUCCAUCCUUUCACUGGCUGAAAAUGAGAUAUGGGACCUCAAUGAAGUAUCAUACCUGUCAGCUCUACACGACCUCGAACAGCUGUCAAUUAUGAGCAACACUUGUGUUAUGGCAACACCAUCAUUGCCAGGAUUUGACUACCGCCCAUAUAUCAUGAGUUGGUGUCUGAGCCUAAAGGUCCUGGAUGGCUAUGUAGUAUCCCAAAAGGAAGGUCUCAAAGCAGAAUGGCUGUACAGUCAGGGCAAAGGACGUUCUUAUCGCCCAGGCCAGCAUGUGCAGCUGGUUCAGUACCUGGCCACGGUUUGCCCUCUGACCUCAUCGCCAGCGCUGGAGACUGCAGAGGACGCCAAGUUGGAAAGAAUCCUCAGCAAGCAGAGGUUUCACCAAAGGCAGCUGUUAGAGGAGACCCAGGGAGGCUGCUCCAGCCCUCCUCGUCCAACUCAGCUCAAUGUGAAGAAACACAGUCCCCCGCAUUUAGGCCCACAGGGCGCUGCAGGACAGGGGAGGAAAACCUCUGCCCCAGUUACUGUUCCGUCAACCAGGGAGGCUGAGCCAGUUGUGCAGUUUAACACCUGGGUGACUUCUGACUCGUCCCGCCCACCACUGCCGGUGAUUCACAGCCCGCAGCCUCAAGGGGACAGUAUGUGUUUGGAGGAUAUGCAGGCAGAUGAGGACAAACUCAACAGCAGUGUCCUUUCUUCAGACUCCACCCUCCUCUGCCUCACCUCUGACCUGGAGCCACAGGCGACGCACUCCGACAGCGAGGACGAGACUGAGACAUUUGAACCCGACUCCCUGGCCCCAAAGUGUCCACCCCAGCCCAAAAAACACACAACCAAGAAGACGCACCAUACGCCUUUGGUUAAGGAGCAGGAGAGGGCAGCUGAGGAAGACGUCGUCUUUCCUGCUUCAGGCUUUUCGAGCGGUAGUCCCGCCACUUCAGCAGGAUCAGUGGGGGUCAAUCCUCAGACAGCACAAACUCAUCUGGAGGAGACUUCUGAUGGCAGUAAAGAAGAAGAUGGGAAACAGGAAGAAUCUGUGAUGUGUGUUAGUAAAUCCAGCUUGGAGGAAUCAAACAGGGCAGCGGUUAAAAUCCAGGCGUGGUGGAGGGGACAGUUUACUCGCUGUUGCCAUCCGGUGGCCAAAGAGGUGCGGAGCGAAAUCCGUCUCCGUAGGAUGCAGGACCACAUCCUCUUCCUGUCUGAAAGGUUGGACAGGGUUCAGAAGCAGUGUGAGGAAGAGAAGUUACAAAGGCUGGUUCAGGAGGAGGCCGUCAAGUUUUUGUGGAAACAGCUCCAAAUGAUGCAGCAGUGGAAGCAGUCUGUGGAGCAGCAGCUGUCCAGCAUCACUCAGGUUCCUUCACCGGCUCAGUUUUCAGCUCCUGCCCCACCUGCAGUUUCCUCAACCGCGUGUACGUCACACACCGAUGCCUCCUUCCCAGACUCUGGCUUUCAGUCGACAAGCGAGCAGCAGCCCGCGCUGAGCAACAGCUUCCUCAGCAAUGGGACGGCAGAUUCUCUGGACACAGUGCGAACACUGAGCCCCGUGUGUGGCAGCUGUGCUGCUAGUGGUGACGGAGCGGACAGCCCAGACGGCAGCCUGCUGGAUCAGUACCUGUCAUCUGUACAGCAAAGGGAUGAGGAGGAGGAGGAGGAUGAUGAGGAGGAGGAAACGGUCAGCAACAGGACUGAAACACCUUUGGCCCCCUCACCAUCCUCUCCCAGUAAAACAUCAGAAAGCAGCCCCCCUGUAAAGGAAGCUGCUGGCCCAAACUGAACACCUACAACAUAUAAUAAACACUUGUGCAGGACUGGAU